AUGCUCAAUCGGCGGCGGGCGGGGGCAACAACAGCAAGCUCCGAAUUUGCCGUUGUGGAAGGGCGUCUUGCCGCAUUUGCGCCGCACCACCUGCCUACGCUGCUCACAGGACUCGAUGCCGAUGAGGGGGAGGGCGUGGUUCCCGCGGAGGUUUCCGUCGCGGGGCGCCCCGCGCGCCAAAAGUCAAGGUCGACGCAGGUGAUUCUUUUUCUUUGCCUAAACAUCGGCAGUGACCCGCCGGACUGCCCACGGAUCGAGCCCUGUUCGCGACUGGAGUGCUGGAUUGACCCCCACGUGGCGCAGAUUUCCCGUUUUUCCCCGGAGGGCGGCGGCGACUCCAUCGCGGAGAGUUUGGAGCGGCAGUACCGCUCCCAGCAGCGGGAUGCCGCCUUCAAGCGGGCGGUGGACGCCCACUUGGAGGAGGCCAAACAUCUCAUGGCGGCGUCCCGCCGGAAGGCGGACAGUGGUAGGGUGUUGUUGCACUACAACGGGCACGGCAUGCCGCGGGCGACGGACUACGGUGAGAUUUGGUUCUUUGACAAGGACCGCACGCACUACGUGCCGAUGAACAUUGUGGAAAUGUCACAGCUGCUGGACUCGCCCACGCUCUACGUCUUGGACUGCAACUCGGCCGGCUCCAUCCUGCAGCACUGGUACAAGGAACGCCUGCACGAAACCCGGCCCCAUGACAUAUUUUUUUGCGCUUGCAGUGCGGGAAGUUUUCUUCCGCUGAAUCCGCAGCUUCCUGCCGAUGUCUUGACGUCGUGUCUUACGACACCCCUGCGAAUGGCGUUGGAGUGGUAUAUUAGUUUUUCGCAUCGUAGGCAUUUGCUACCAAAUGUAACGGCUGAAAUGAUACACAACAUUCCAGGCGAACUCUCCGAGCGGAAAUCGCCGCUGGGAGAACUUAAUUGGAUUCUUAUCGCUGUGACCGACACCGUUGCAUGGUGCACGACGCCUCCGGCUCAGUUUUACCAGCUGUUUCGACAGGACACAAUGGCAAAGACCCUUUUUAGAAGUUUUUUAUUGGCGGACCGUAUAUUGCGUGAGGUGGGAUGUGUUCCUGUGGCACAUCCCCCCAUCUCAGCACAGGCGCACUUGCACCACGUCUGGGAUCUCUGGGAAUACACGUUGGAGCAGGUCAUUUGUCAGUUGCCGGAGCUGCUGACCGCGGAGCUCACGGUGAAAUCAGGAUACACGUACAAGCCUUCCACCUUCUUUCUGGACCAGCUAAUAGCCUUUAAGGUGUGGGUGGAAUCUGGUGAUCUGCGAGAGCAACCUGAGGAACUUCCAAGUGUCCUUUUGGCCCUCACGCAGAUUUCCUACCGAGUACCCGCACUAACACUCUUGGUGCGGUACAUGGAUUCCGGCGUGAGUGCCGGCAGGCGUGCGAUUCACUGUGGGAUCUUGCCCUACGCCAGCAAACUCCUUGUGCAGACCCCCGAUGUGUUUUUACUCGUGAGUGUAUUGUGGAUGCAGUUGAUCCGGGCCUCCUGCCAUCAAGGGACAGAGGAGCUGCUUAAAUCACGGUUGGAUAAGUAUUUUAUUCGUGUUUUGCAAUUGGAUGAAAAGAGCACAAACUUCAUGCCCGUCGGAGAUGAUCGGGCCGUGGAAACGUUUCUCAGUAAUGGUAAUUGUUGUACUUCCGGUGGUAUUCCAGCCGCCUCAGUUGUGGACUUCGCUGAGAGCGCCACCUGUCCUACAGCCAUGCCUAACGGGGAUACAAAGUACUACCUCUUGAAGGAGCUGGAUCUACAUCGCUGUAAGGCCAUGGCAUGCUACGUGCUCUGUCAGUGGAUGAAAUGCGGAGGUGAGCAGCAGUACGUGGCGUGUUGGAACAAUCAAUUGUUGAAUGCUGCCUUUUCUCUUUUGGAGUCGCCGAAUGCGGAGGUUCGUUCUUGGUCCUGCUUGGUACUUGCCCAGCUGUUUUCGGGCCUGCGACACGCAAAGGAGUUUGCCUCCAUGGAAUGCACCACCCACCUGGAUCUUUUCACGUGUCUGCUGCAGGAUAAAUCCCCUAUUGUGCGCAGCUCUUGUGUGACGUUGCUGGCGUCGCUGGUGGGGUUUCAGGUCGACGUCCUCCCUGUGGAGGGUCAGAUCCGCCGUGUGCAGAUGGAAAAAUCACUCCUUAUUAAACUACGCGGCUUUAUCUUUGAUGCGAGUAUGAGUGUUCGCGAGGAGUUGAUAUUUUUUGCUUGCCAGGUGCUCUUUCACUACGAGAGCCUGUUGUCCACGCUGCAGUCGAGCAGCACCGCAAAUCGCUACAUGGAUUACGUCCAGGAAGUUGGCAAGUACUCCCCAACUUGGAUGGUGGAUGAGCCGGACGUGCGGGUCACGUCGCAGUUAAGUGUCUCGCGGCCCACAAGCAACACGCGUUUUGCGCAGGCCGUGAUUUUUACGACGGGGUUUCUCCCCAGAGACGACCCCGCCCCCUCCGCCGCGGGCCUCUGCCGGGAGGCCAUCGACCCCAAGGUAUUGAAGAUGCUGCGGGAGAUGGUACACGAUGCCGCGCUGAUGUUGUUCACGCUUUACCACACCUGCGACACAAAUAAGGUGGUGGCGGCGAUAAAGGCGUUGCUGACGCAACGGCCACCGCAGUCGCAUCGCUUUGAAAAGGAGUCUCUCCGAAGCAUGUCUCGUGUUGUCUCAACCGACUCCUCACACGUUGUAUCCGAGGCGGAUCGAGCACGCUCAACAAGGAAUGCCGAUAACAUGCGACAGUUGGUGCUGGACAUGCAGGACCGAAGGUUGGAACCGAUGGCGGCUCAUGGCCACAGAAACAAGUCCUCAAAGGUGGAGGAUAAUGGGAUGCACAGAGGCAACGGUGCCGCCUCCAGUUCUGUCACCACGCGUUAUCAGGUGCUACCAAGCCUGAUUCCUGGCGAUCAAAUCACUGUCGCCACAUUCCGUGCCUUGGAACCCACGAUGGUUUUAGCUACCAAGAAUAGGCGCAUUUACCACACUUCGUAUGAGACAUAUAACACCCAAACACACAUCUAUGGCUUUUCCGUUCCCCUUUUUGCCCCGUUGCAUGAUGUGUUGGUUAUCAAUGACUUGUCUGAGCAGGCUGGAUUGCUGCUUGUGACCAAGGAAGGCGGCUUUAGUCUUAUUAGAGGGUGUUGGGGAGAGGGACAGGGAAGGCCAACCGAGGUGGCCGCGUUUUCUGCGUGUCCACCAAGGGGUAUUGUCGACAUCAAGUCUGUCUACCGGUCCUACAAUGCCAAUCUCUUGUACGGAGGUCCGAUUGGCAGCAAUGGUGGGACCGAGAUUCACGUGCUUUCCCUGGACGAGGAGCAGGUCAUUCAACGAAUGAGGGUUUCUGGGGAUCCUACGCUGACGUCCUUGACGGCACACACAACAACGCGGGCAAUUUUUGCGGGGUGCUCCGAUGGUGUGGUCCGUUAUUACGACGAUCGCCAGAAACAAGGAUUUCUUGGCGUUGUGGGGAUGUUUAAUUGCAAGGGGCUCUCGUCCUCGGCCUCCUCUUUCACCGCUUCGUCCUCCACUGCUGAAGCUAUUGUUGGUGCAGGCCCCGUGGAAACAGGCACCGGUGCCUUUAUGGUUGCCGCGGCAACUCGCAGCGCUGUGCAUAUCUACGACUGCCGCAAAUUCACGGAGCCUGCAUUCGAGGUGGAUGUUUUUUCGCUCUGCGGCGGCCAUGGCGGCUGGCCUUCUGUGACUCGAUCCCCUUCCAUUAUUGCCUUUGCGACGGGUGUGCAUACGGGGUUGUUGGGAGCUCUUCUUUCCGGUGGCAGCUAUCUCGCCAUGAAUGCGCGGGGAAGAGCACUGCUAGAGAAGCCAAUCAAAGUUUCGAACACGCAAGGGUCGCCGUUGCCAGGAAGCUGCGCGGUGCAUCCACUGCGUCCCUUCAUGUCGGUGGGAGGGGAGAUCAUGUACAUGCACUGA